AUGGUAGAAGACCCCAAAAAUUAUGACACAGACACAGAAGUAGAAGAGGAUGAAGACGGAGAAUUUGUAGAUGACCCUGACCAACCCAGGUCCAUCUGUCUAACAUCUGAGCCAUAUGCUACAGCUGAUAGUGAAAGUGAUGCAGCCCAAUGCAAAGGAGGUGUGGCUACAAACCAGGAACACCCUGAUCAGGAAGGAUUGUCUACAAACACAAAUGGUCAAGAACUCCCAACUUUCAGUGAAGAGGAGCUUCCUUCUACUAGAGAGGACCUGGGAGUUAGACCUAUUCAGGAAGCAAUGUCUUGUGACAGAUUUUGCAAAAUUCUUAGUAACCUACACCUGAAUGACAACCAAAAGAUGGACCCCAAGAAAAAGGACAAACUUUACAAACUAAGACCACUGGUUGAAAGCCUUAAUAAAAAAUUUGAAAAUAUCAGAUCUCCUGGAGAGCAUAUCAGUGUUGAUGAAUCAAUGAUUCGCUUCAAAGGGAGAUCCUCUUUGAAACAGUAUAACCCCAUGAAGCCCAUCAAGAGGGGAUAUAAAGUGUGGUGUCUUGCUGAUAACGCUGGCUAUGUUUUCAAGUUUGAUAUAUACACUGGAAAAGGAGAAAACAAUGAUCCUAACAUGAGGAAAGAAUUUGGAUUAGGUGGAGAGGUAGUUCUCAAACUGACUGAACAUCUCCAUAACAAAAACCACAAACUUUUCUUUGAUAAUUACUUUACCUCUUUUCCCCUCCUGGAAGUCCUGCAGGGCUUCAAGAUUCAAGCCUGUGGAACUGUGAGACAGACAAGAAAGGAUUUCCUUAUCCUGGCAGGUGACAAGGAACUAAAAAGAGGACAGUUUGAUUAUAGGUCCACACCCAAUGGCCUAACUGUUUAUAAAUGGAUGGACAAGAAAGCAGUACUCAUGGCAUCUAACUACCAUGGAAUUGAAGCCACAACUGUGAAGAGGACAGAAAAAGACGGAAAGAAGGCAAUAGUCCCUUGCCCACAAGUAGUGAAGGACUAUAAUGACAACAUGGGUGGUGUAGAUAAGCAUGAUAUGCUUCGACAACUUUAUGGUAUAAACAGGAAGAGCAUGAAAUGGUGGCACAGAAUCUUUUGGGGUCUUCUAGAUAUGUGCAUCGUCAAUGCUUAUGUUGUGUACAAGGAAAGUCAUGGAUCUCUUCCACUCCUAGACUUUCGAAGAGACCUAGCCCAAGGACUUCUAACAUAUUCAAAGGAACGUUCUUCUAGAGGAGCCCCCAAGCGUAGAAAAACUGACUACAGUAUACCUCCAUCUGUUAGGCUCAGCAACACUGGCAUUCACUGGCCAAAAUUCAUAGGGAAAAAAGGAAGGUGUGAGGUAUGCUCCAAGAAAGGGGUAGAAUCACGCCCAAUAUCAAUCUGUAGUCACUGCGGGAUACAUCUCUGUUGCAAUGCAACAAAAAAUUGCUUCUAUGAAUUUCACACCUAA